AUGUGCUGCAGCAACAGGUGGCUGCCACGCCUCGACUCGUGGGGGGUGUCCGCGGCAGGACAGAGGGAACGACAGGAGAUUUCAUCAGGCACUCGGAACGGGAACGUCCUUUGGGGCUUAGUGUUCAUUGCAGCGUCCGGCGUGUCCAGUGUGUACUGUAGCGGGAGGCCCACAGAUGCCCACCUAAGGCCGAGGACAGGUGCAGGAGAGCGGCCCCGCACGUGCUGCGGGGAGGCCAGCCCAGGUUCUCCCACCGAGCCGCAGCAGCGUGGCGUGAACAACGUCACUGUCUCUUCCACAUCAAAACGCGUGUGCCGCGGGCUUUCUCCGCGGCUGACCGCUCAGCCCGACCAGCGGGCACGGCAGGUCUUUCCUCCGUUUUCCCUCUUCAUCCAGACCGGUUUCCCCCCUUUCCGCUGCGGACAGGUUUUUAUUCUCCCAACCUGCGUUGUCCCCUGUACCCCGAGUCCUGCUGCACGAUUACGACUGUAUCGGUUUUACCGGGGCGGGGCCCAGCCGGCUGAGGGCGCCCCCGGGCGCCCCCUUUGGGUAUGGCCCCGCGCCGGGAGCGCAGCAGGAAGGCCCGCGCUGCCACACCUGGACGCGCCGGCGCCUCCGCUGAAGGAGAGCUGCGGCCGUGCGAGGAAGCCCUCCUCGUGGGCUCCGGGGUCGAGGCGGGUGGGGCCGGCGUCCGAGCGCAGCACGUGCUCCAAACAGCGGGGCUCUGCGGGUGUGGGGCCCCCCUCACCGGAGGCGCGCUGCCGGCUUAUGGGACCAGGGGCACGGGAGGCGUGGGGCUCUCUGGAGCCUCCUGAUCGGUGGGCGGCGGGGUGGGAGCCGCGGGCCAGGUGCCAAGUGUUUGGAGUUCCUAGCGCUGAGCCGGGAAGAGGCCGGGCGUCCCAUCCCAUUCCGGCGUGUGUGCGCAUGCGCGCGCGUUGCCGCGGUAACGGCGGCGACGGGCGGGAGGUGCGUCUCCUGCGUACGCUUUCCUGGCGCCUGGGAGGCGUUCUCGCGGACCCCAGACCGCACUGACCCGCAGGCCUGGCCGCUGUCACCGUGCAGCAGGACCGACGUGAGGACAGGAGCCCCUCGGCCUGUCUCCCCACCCACCCUGUGCAGCGCCUCCCUCUCCAGGCCCCAGAAGGACCGAACAUCACAGGUGCCAGGCUCCACAGUGGUAGGCCCAGUGACUUCCCGCCUCCUGUGCUCACCUGCAUCCCAUGCUCACCUG